GGCCCGGGGAAGACGGGCUUGUCUCGGUGGGUGGGGACGGUCAUUUGUCAGCUUUCUGGACACACAGACAGAGACAGACAAGAUGGAUUUCCUCCGGCUACAUCUCCCUGGGCUGCAUCAGGCCUUGCGGGGAGCACUGGAUUCCCUCAGCUCCUUUGUCUCCUACCUUAUGGGAGAUGAGGUCCCCACUGCAGAGAGGAAGGAGGCGAGGGCAGCCGAGGAGCUGGGGGAGGUGGCUGCAGGAAGGCCAGGGAAGCAUGAAGAGAAGGAAGCCCAGGAGGCCCUGGAGGGCCUUGGAGGCAGCCAAAACCAGGAGGCUGGAGGGCUGAGAGGGCCUGGGGAGGCUGGAAGACGCCAGGACGGAAGUUCAGCAACAGAACAGACCUGGGGUUGGGAAGAAGGCAGCUCCCAUGGGUCUCAGGCAGACAGGCAGGACACUGGGGUCUGGGAGGCAGUCAAGGCUGCCAGGUGCCAGGAGCCAAGGGCCCACUUAGAGGCCAGAAAGGAGUCCAAGACAGGGUCUGAGGCUGUUCGAGACAACAGCAGUCAAGCCCGGGAGAGUCAAGGGCCCAAUGAGCAGGAAGUGAACACAGAGGAGACACCGAGAACCUGGGAACAGGAGGAGGAGGCGGAAGAGGUCAGGGAAAGAAAACCAGAGGUGGCCAGGAAGGCGGAGUCAGAGUGGACCUGGCACCGGGAGCCUGAGGGGGAGGUAGGUGCUGAUGGGCAAAAGGUAGCAGGGGACGGCAGGGGGUCAUUAGAGCAAACGGUCAAGGAGGCAGUUGCAGAGGAGAUCCAGGGGUCUGGAACCAAAGAGGCCGGGAAGGAAGUAGAGGUGAUGGUGGUCCUAAGGGGUAGCCCAAGCACAAGGGCACGGGAAGCAUGGGAGUCAGGGACAGAAUCUGAGGACGGGACAGCCUCAGGCAGGGAGGAAGCCAGGACAGUCUCAGACAGGGAGGAGGACGGGACAACCUCAGGCAGAGUGGAGGACGGGACAGCCUCAGGCAGAGUGGAGGACGGCACAGCCUCAGGCAGGGAGGAGGCUGGACUAACUUUAGUCAGGGUAGAGGCCAGGACCACCUCAGUUGGGAAGGAGGGGGACCUCUCAGGAGCCAGGAAGAGAGAAUAUGGGGAAGUCUCAGGAGAAAGGAUCUCAGAGGGUACUGGGAGGGCCUGGGCAUUCGAGGAGGCCUCCUGGGGAGACCAGGAGGAGGAAGUGGAUGAGAAUAGAGAGGCUGAGAUGAGCUUUUCCCCCAAAGAGACCCAGGCCCUGGCAACUAAGGGCACAGAAGAAGCAACUAAGGACCAGACAGCAGCGGGGGAGGCUGCAGAAGGCCAGGGGUCAGAGGGGGAGGUAGGGGAGGGCUUUGAGAUCCAAGCAGAUCAGGGAGGUAAAGAGGCUGAGGGGAGGCAAGCCUCAGCGAUCAGGACUGUUGCCGCCAGUCCGGAGGAGGUGGUGGAGGCAGAGACGGCCAAAGAGGAGGAAGAGGGUUGCUGGGCCUCAGAGGCUGAGUUGCCCAAGGACGACGUGGCAAAUGAGGCUGAAGGGGAUGCUGACCUGGAAGCAACCCUAGAGACCAGCAGUCCUGAGAAGGAGUUCAGCGGGGAGAGGAGUGAGGGGGAGGCUCAGACAGGCGGAGAAGCACAGGGGGUGGAGUGGGGUGGCCUUGAGCACGAAAUCACUGAAGGCCAAGAACCUGAGCUGAUGGCAGACCCCCAGACCCUGACAGAGCAGCCUGAGGACGGACAGGGGGGUGAGGAAGAGCUCUGGGGCGUUUCAGCUCUGAGCAAAGAGGAGACGGAAGGGAGCCUGGAGGAAUACCCCAGGAAUGUGGGAGAUGUAAAGCCUGAUGCCCCUGGGGCAGAAGUCUGGGAGAACCAGAGAAGGGAUGUGGAGGGAGGGGAUGCCCAGGAAGAAAAAGCAGAUGCUGAAGAGGGGGAGGAGGAGGCUGCAGGAGGCCAGGCCCCGAAGGAGGCCGGGGGAGGCCGAGAGUCUGUGCUCCCGGAUGUCCCAGAGGCAGGCGGGGAGUGGAAGAAAGCCCAGGACGCAGGGUGUGGGGCAGAGGAGGGAGACAGCCCUGGAGCAGAGAGCCAGGAGCUGGGUGGAAGGCAUGGGGCAGACGCAGGGACAGGUCAGUCGCUGGGAGAGUCAGAUGCCAGAGAAACCGAGGAUGAGGAGGUGGAGGCCACCACAGUGCCCUGGGGGGCAGACACAACAUCCAGCGGAAACUGGAGGCUGGAGGAGGCCGCUCUGAGCCUCCAGGACAGCGAGGACCCAGGGGUCAGUUCUUUGGCUUCUGAGAUGGUGAGGGAUAAGGUAGCUCUGGUUGGCAGGGCUGCUGGAGCUGGGGGAGGGCUCGAAAGAGAGGCUGGGGAAGCUGGGGACUCCAAAGGGAGGCAGGAGGCUGGGGGAGGCGGGGAGCUGGUAGAGGCUAUACAGGGAGAAAACCGAGGUGGGCUGGAGUUUGGCCUGGCGGGCUCCGCAGACGAGGAGGUGGCUGGCAGAGGGGACCAAGCAGAGGCUUCGGAGGCCAGAGAGGGUGAGCCUGGGGGAGAGUGGGUGGAGGUCAGGGAGCCUGCGGUGGCAGAAGGAAGCUGUGGGAUGGAAGGCUUUAUCUCGGGCUCCCAGGUGGCGAAGGCAGAGGGGACCGUGGCCACGGUGGAGGCCGAGGGGCUCCCAGGAGGGCAGACGCUGUUGGAAGAGGAGGCUGUGGGAUGGCAAAUGAAGGAGCAGGGGCGGGGCAGUGAGGGGCAGUGUGGGGACCACCACCCCGACGGAGAGGCAGGAAGGCCCCUUGAUGUGGAGGAUGUUGCGGUGACUGAAGACCGGAGAGCACAGGCCGAGGAGAUUGUUCCCGAAGGCCCGGAGGACGUCCAGGGCCCGGAGAACCAGUCAACACACCAGGACCCUGCAGAGGCCGAGCGUGGGUCACAGGGGGAGACGGCAGCAAGUGCUGGUCAGGGCGCUGGCGCCAGCUGGAGCGAGGCCCUGCUCCCUGGGUCUCUCCUGGACGUCUCUGUCCCCCGGAGCCGUGUACUCCUGUCUCGCAACUCCUCGCUGCGCCGCUCCCGGCCCUCUUCCCGACGGACCGGCACCCCUGAGCAGCAGGAGGAGCCUCCCCGCCCGCCACCCGAGGAAGAGAUGUCAGCUCCCGAGCAGAGACUUCUCCAGCCAGAGGAGCCCCCAGAGCCCAGCCCCCCGAAGCCUGAGGGGACCCCGCUGCCAGCCAGGAGAAGGCCGCUGGGACGUGGGUUUGGCCUUGCACACACCGGCAUGAUGCAAGAACUGCAAUCUCGGCUGGGCCUGCCAAAGCCGCAGGGAGGGCCCUGAGCCCCCGGGAGCCCGGCCCCAAGUGAGGCUCGGAAGGAUCUUCCGAACCCUGCGCAGCCUAUCUCCCUCUGCCACUCGGGACACACCCUUUCCACCCUCUGGGCCUCAGUUUCUCAGUGCGUCAUUCUCGGAACAGACAGAACCAGAUGCCUGCGAGGACCAUGAACUUGAGGAGCGUGACUCGGCAAUGUGGCCGACAGACUCCCUGCCCGCUGGGACCGCUCCUCACGGCCUGUCCUGACCACCCCUCUCAUCUGUCUCGGCCGCCUGGAGGGCCAAGGGGACGAGACAGUUCUCCCCUCAGCCUUCCCUCCGGGACUGCUCCCAGUCCCCACCCGGGCCUUCCGGAAAGCUGCGGAGCAGCACACAAACCUCGGGGGUGGGAGCUAGCCCAGAAGAACGGGGUCAGCAGGGCCGACAAGCUCCAUUUGCAAUGGGAGGUGGGUGAGAAACAGAUCGUCAGCGGCCCUGAGCUUUCAAAAAACGCACAACUCUGCUGGUUACUAUGGCAACCACCGGCCCAGCGAGCCAGAAUGGGGGAAGGUACCCAGGAGCCCCCAGAAUUUAGGAGCAGAAAGGGGCCCAGGGUGGCCAGAGGCUACAGACUCUUGUCCCCUGGGGGUCAGGUACCCCUUCUCUGAAAAGAAGCUGAGACCGAGGGAGGAUGAGAGUGCUUUAUUGGGCACCCCGCAUGGUGACCUAGCCCGAGGACAGCUAGCAGGCUCUGAAACAAUAAAUAAACCAUCCUUUCCCUAAACAAUAAAUAAAUAUCCAAGAAAUAAA